AUGUUGCUCUCUACCCUUCUAUUCGCUGCCUUGGCCUCGGCCGCUCCUCAAAUCCUCGAGAAGCUGAUCCAACCGCCUAGCACGAGUCCAUUCUAUGUUCCAGCUCCCGGCUGGGAGAUGACUGCACCAGGUACAGUGCUGCGUGUUCGAUCUGCACCGGGCAACUUGUCGUCCUUGUUCAACGCAAGUGCAGCAUACCACAUCCUCUACCGUACGACAGAUUCGCUCUACAAUGCUACCUACGCCGUCACAACCCUCUUUGUGCCCACCAGCGGCAACGGCUCUGCCCUACUCAGUUACCAGAUUCCGUACGACUCGGCCGAUGUCGACGCAAGCCCUAGUUAUGCGCUUUACGGCGGUGCAAACAGCGAUAUGAUGAUGGGUCUGAAGAAGGGUUGGUAUGUGCACACAACUGAUUACGAAGGGCCCACUGCAGCGUUCGUUGCUGGUGUCUUGUCUGGUCACGCUACUAUUGACUCGAUUCGCGCGGUCAAGGCCGUUGGUUUGGGUCUUGCGAGUAAUGCAAAAGUUGCACUUUGGGGAUACAGCGGAGGUGCACUGGCCAGUGAGUGGGCUAUCGAGCUUGCACCGAGCUAUGCACCCGAAUUGGAGAUCGCUGGUGCUGCUCUCGGUGGCCUUACGCCAAACGUAACAAGCGUGUUGUUGGCCACUACCGGCACCUUGUAUGCAGGUCUCAGCUUCCCAGGAACUCUUGGUCUUGCUUCGCAGCACCCGCAAGCACUGACAUACCUGCUCUCUCAGCUCAAGACGGACGGCCCGUACAAUCGCACCGGGUUCCUAGCUGCACGCAACUACACCCUCAAUGAAGCUAUUGUGGCCUACAACAAGCAAAACAUCUCCGACUACUUUGUCAAUGGCCUGACGACAUUGAUGAACCCUAUUUUGACUCGUGUCCAGGACUACGAUGGUAUCAUGGGCCGUCGUAACACACCGCAAGUGCCCAUGUUCUGGUACUCUGCUCAGGGUGACGAAGUAACCCCGAUUGUCAACACCGACAAGUUAUACACAAGAUACUGCGAAAUUGGCUACACCAAUGUCCUCUUCCAGCGUAACACUGUCGGCGGACACACAACAGAGAGCAGCAAUGGUCUUGGCCGCGCGAUGGAUUUUUUGAGCAAGACCUUCAGCGGCACCUGGUCGCACACGGGAUGUACACGACAAAACGUGACCAUCAGUAACAACAACGUCACUUCUCUUGCAUACUAGGCUCAUCUCUACUGAACUCAGUCGUCAUAUAUGCUAGUAUAAGCUGUGAAUUCCAUGGAUGUCUUCCAGAGUGAGCUUCAAAUUCCCAUCUCGUGUAGCUACCAUAACCCUACAGCCCCGACGCGCGUAACGGCGACGGCGACGAGCUCGAGAGCGUGUCCCUCAGCAAACAGCAGCAGGC